AUGCUGGUCAACUUUGCCUUGGAUAUAUUGGGAACAACAGUGGAAGCUGAUAAGGUCAGCACAGAUGGGCAUGAAUGCGCAAACUUGAUCAGCUCCAACUGGCAAAUAAGAAGAAAAGGAUUCCUGGCUGAAUCCUUCAUCAAGCCACCAGUGAAUAUAACUUUCACAUUCCCUUGUUGGGUCAGUAUUGACCAGGUGGUCCUCACACCAAGUGUUGGGCAGCAGCAGUCCAUGCAAAUAGAAUUGCUUUCAGCAUCACGUCCAGUGCCUAAGAAUUAUGAAUCUGUUAGAACUAGUUCCACUCCACCUUUAUUUUUUUUAGUCUCAAAGCUGGCCGGGCUCAGGGGUGGGCAGGUGUGCUUUUACAAUUCAAAUACUCACACCUCAUUGGUUGGCGCUAAUGAACACUAUGAGUGUAAGGUGCCAAUGAAACAUGGCAAUAGAAAACUUCUCCAUGCAUCAAGCCACAUCAUUUUAAGGAUAACACGCACCCAUAAUGGCUCAACAUCUGCUGUCAGCAAUGUUAGUAUAUGGGGCGUACCAGCGUCUUUUGUGCCUUUUCAAUUAACUAAUACAAUUUCAAACAAAUAUAAGGAAUUUAUACAACCGAGCCAUUUAUCAGAACAGUCUGCUUGUGUAUCACAGUCUACAGUUCACAAUGAAACCAUAACUGUUCCAGUAUCUGAAAAUAAGCAAAAGGAUACAGAAAUCCCUGAAGAAUUUUUAGACUGCCUGACGUGGGAAGUGAUGACCAUACCUAUGCUACUCCCGUGCGGUAAAAACGUAGACAAGUCAACAAUAGACCGUUACAUCAAGGAUGAGUCCUACUAUGGCAGGAAGCCUCGUGAUCCAUUCACCGGUGUUGAGUUUUCAGAUUCUCUCAGGCCUCUUCCUAACGGAGCUCUGAAAACCCGGAUUGACCGGUUCCUCAUACAGCACAGCAUGGACAGGACUAUUGGUAGCUUGGCCAGAACGGUCAGUGAUAAGCUGCCUUCUUCCCUGCUGGGUAAGAGAAAGCUGACAUCUACUGAAGGUGUUUCAUCCUUAGUCACCGCAGGCAGGGUAACAAUAGAAAACCAUAUCACAGAGACUACAUCAAAGUCUUCAUCAUCUAGGGUGGAAACAACUGUUUCAUUGCAGGACAAACACAGUAAUAGCAAUGCACUUGCCACAUCAAAGUCUUCAUCAUCUAGGGUGGAAUCAACUGUUUCAUUGCAGGACAAACACAGUAAUAGCAAUGCACUUACCACAUCAAAGUCUUCAUCAUCUCGAGUGGAAUCAACUGUUUCAUUGCAAUGCUAUGUGUCAAAUUCUCCUCAAACAAGCAAUGAAAAAUAUAUCCAAGAAGAAAUUCAAAUUCACCAAAGUACACAAAGUCAACCCCCCCUUUUGCAUGAAGAAAAGUUGAAAGACAGUUUGAAUUCUGCACUUUCUUUAAUUCUCAAGAGACCUUCUAAUUCUAGUACGCAGGAAAAUUGUGACAAUAGUUGCUGGCGAUGUAAAACAAUGUUGACUUCAGAAGUGGUCUCCUACUUGUCCCCAUGUGAUCAUGCUGUUUGUAGAGACUGUCUCAUCAGAGGCAACAGCACAUCAUCUGAUAUUGUGUGCGGAGUGUGUAGCAGAGUCUUUGAGAAAAAGCAACUGAUCAGAAAACAUAAUUAGAUUCUAGUUUUUCUUUCAUUUUUGUGUUGUAUUUAAUUUAUAGAAAUGUUUGUGUUCACUUUGUUGUAUUCAGAUGUGUGAAUAUAAUAUAUACACAACGCAAGAAAAAUGUAUUAGUAAUUGUCAUUGUAACAUGUUAGCUGGGUUGAGUAGUAGGGCGCAAUUCUAAAGCUGCAGUUUCAAAUUGCUUCUUCUGCCUAUUUUAUGUCCUUAAAUCUACCCAUCCCAGCUCUGAUGUAUAGCUGUCACAAAAUUUUACUCAGUAUUAAAAUGUCUACACCAUUACUUGAGUAGCUAUUCAAACAGUUCAACUCUACCCUGCAGACCACAAGGUCUGAACACUAAUUUUACUCAUAUAAAAUUUACAAAUCUAAUGAAAUAAUUUAUUUGCAAAUAUGAAUUUUUUUUUUUGUAUUUAUAAAAAUAAAUUUAAUGCAAAACAUUUUUUC